AUGAAAAUAGACUUCGUUGAUGGAACAGCAGUACGACCAACUGCGAACACAGACGAGUUUAAGAGAUGGAAUCGCAUAGAUUCCAUGGUCACCACCUGGAUUUUGAAUUGUAUGACAAAAGAUUUGGCAGAAUCCUUCAUGUAUGUAAGAUCUGCUCGAAAGCUUUGGAUUGAGCUAGAAGCUCGGUAUGGGGAAAGCAGCAACCCCAUGAUCUAUCAGCUGCAAAGAGAAAUUGGACAGGAUAAUGUAUAUGACCAAGCUAGAAGCCAAAUACUGCUCUUAGAACCCCUGCCUACUGUCACCAAAGCUUACUCUAUGAUGAUCAGAAUAGAAAAACAGAUGAACUUGAACAACAUAGAACUCAACAGUGGUGCAGUUUUUAAUGUUAAAGGCUACAAUUAUAAGAAGAAACCUGUUGUUGACAGAAGGCAUGUGAUAUGUGAGCAUUGUCAAAGGACAGGGCAUACAAAGGAAUCGUGCUUCAAGCUGAAUGGAAUACCAGAUUGGUAUAAGGAUCUGGCAGAUCAGAGGAAGAAAGCUGGUGCAAAAGGGAGAGGGUACAGUGCUAUGGUGAGUGAUGAACCGAACUUGAAAGUGACUGAUAGCAAUUAUCCAAACUUGACUGAACUUGUACGUUUGGAGAUGAAGAAGCUUAUGAACGAAGACACACCAUCAGAUCCUCUUAGAAUCAACUUUGCACAGCUUGAUAACUUUGCAGGUAACAGUACUAUUUCUACCUCUGUGAUUUCUAGUACUUGGAUUAUAGACAGUGGCGCAACUAAUCACAUUUGUGCAGAUAUCAGUCUUUUUGACUCUUAUACUAAGCUCACAAAUCCUCCAGUCAUUCACUUACUUAAUGGCCAUUCACAGAAAGUGUCUCACAUAGGCUCUGUUCAAGUUACAUCUAAGAUCAAACUAUCUCAUGACCUGAAGACUGAAAAAGUCCUUGCUACAGCUUACUUGAUAAGAAACCUUUACAUUCUUGAGUCCAGUUUUGUAUCUGAAACGCACGAUUCUCUGAAAUCAGUGUGUAGUUCACAUUCUUGUAUCUCUGAUGAACCAAGAAAUUACAAAGAGGUUGCAGUAGUUCCACAUUGGGUGGAGGCUAUGAAGCUGGAGUUGGCUGCCUUGGAACGAAAUCAAACCUGGAAGGUUGUUCCUUUGCCGGCAGGAAAGAAUCCCAUUGGAUGCAAAUGGGUCUUUAAGACUAAAUUACGUGAAGAUGGCUCUGUAGAACGACACAAGGCCAGACUUGUGGCCAAAGGUUACACACAAGUUGAGGGUGUAGAUUACAACGAAAGGUUUUCCCCUGUUGCUAAAUGUGUUACACGUUCUUUGUAUGGAUUGAGACAAGCUUCGCGGCAGUGGAAUACUGAAUUCACGCGUUGCUUGGAGAAAUUUGGUUUCAAGCAGUCAAGCAAUGAUCACUACUUGUUCUUCAAGACCUUAUAUGUUGGUUUUAUUGGGCUCAUCAUUUAUGUUGAUGAUGUUUUAAUCAAUGAUCCAUCUCUUGAUGAUAAUUCACAGGUUAAGUCCUAUCUUGAUGGCUUGUUCACGAUUAAGGAUCUGGGUUGUGCCAGAUUUUUCCUGGGACUUCAGAUUGCUCGCUCUGAGUCUGGGAUUUCACUCACACAGUCCAAAUAUAUCCAUGACAUAAUCAACGAUUGUGGUCUUCAGAAUUCAAAACCAGCUGCCACUCCUUUGCCUCCUGGCAUCAAGUUACAAACGACUUCAGGUGAAAAUCUUGUUGAUCCUGAACGUUACCGUCGUUUGGAUGCUCUGGUCUUGGACUUUUCUUCCCAUCUUCAAAUUCUCUGCAACUUCAAGCGUUUUGUGAUGCCGACUGGGGUGCUUGUGCUGACACUCUGUUCAUUGACUGGUUUUGCUGUUUUUCUUGGUUCAGCAUUGGUAUCAUGGAAAACGAAGAAACAAUGCACGAUUUCUCGAUCCUCAGCUGAGGCUGAGUAUCGAAGUAUGGCUGCAACCACUUGUGAAUUGCAGUGGAUUUCUUACUUAUUAAAGGAUUUUGGUGUUUCUGUCACUCUUCCUAUUCCAUUUCAUUGCGACAAUCAAGCAGCUAUUCAUAUAAUGGCGAAUCCUGUGUUUCAUAAGCGCACGAAACACCUUGAUAUCGACUAUCACAUAGUGAGGAAUUGCUACAAGGAUGGUUUCCUUCUGCCUAUAUUUGUUCGAAGCCGCAAUCAAGUUGCAGACUUGUUCACUAAAUCUUUGUGCAGUGCUUCGUUCAAUAGUUUAUUGGGCAGGUUGGGCUUGUUUGCAGUUGAUCCAUGUCCAACUUGUGGGGGGGGGGUGUUGGAAAUACAGAGAAAACUGGAAGAACAAAAGUGA